UUAGUUAUUCGGCCUUCAUGUACAAACAUAUAAUCAUAUCAGCAUAUCGUUAAAAUAAAUUAAUAACGCAUCGCGAUUCACGAUUCUAAUUGCGAUUCAACUUAAUUUCGUGAUAUUGUUAUUUGGUACCUAAUAAAAUAUAAUGAAUGCCAGUCCUUUCGAUUAUAGCUCGAUGUCUUUCAGCAGAGUGGCGCCGGUAUCUGACAAAAUAGACUUGUUAGAAUGUCGUGUGUGUGAAGAUAUAUUCAGUCUUCAAGGAGAUAAAGUUCCACGUCUCUUAUAUUGUGGCCACACUAUAUGUCAUUCCUGUCUGUUACGAUUGUACCAGCGAUGUUCUUCAGUUCAAUGUCCAUUUGAUAGACAAACAACACCCAUUGGGUCAUCAGGAGUAUGGGGACUAAAAAAAAAUUUUGCACUGUUAGAGCUAUUAGAACGCUUACAAAAAAGUAAUAAAACAGAGAUGAAUAUUAAUACAUAUAUGAAUGCGGAGACAAUAAAAAAGGAAGAACAACUACAUGUGUCUUGUGAUGAAAAUGACAACCAUAUAGCUGUUCUUUAUUGUACAGUGUGCUGUACAAAUUUAUGUUUUUAUUGUUCUGAACAAACUCACAGUACACGAACAUUAGCGAAGCAUCGAAGAGUUCCGUUAUCGGAAAAACCUCAAGAAAGACCUCGUUGUCCAUCACAUCCAUCUCAUGUAGCUGAAUUUACUUGUUUACAAGAUAGUUGUCGUCAACCUUCACCUCCUCUUAUGUGUUUUGUUUGUAAGGACUAUGGUAUUCAUAAAAAUCAUAAGCAUGCUUUAGUUGAAGCGGAAGCAGAAAACAUACGUUCAAUGGUAAAAAGUGCUGGUCCAUUAAUGAGAAAUCUAAUGGAAGAAAUCAAUGAUACCAUUCAAAGAUUAGAUCAAGUUAUGUUACGCCUAGAGGGAGUGGAUUCAAAUAGUCAAGUCGAUAAUGAUCCAUCUAACAAUGGUACUGGUUGUAUGGCACGAGCUCGAGUACAAUUGUACUUUCAACAUCUGCGUGAAACUUUACAAGUCCAAGAAGCUGCUGCAUUGAGUGCUGUUGAUACACAUAUCCGUGAAAGAUUGGCUUCUUUAAGAAGUUUACAAGAAGAUUUAGCCUUGUCAUUAUCCCAGGUGGCUGUAAUUUGUGUACAGUGUGAGCAGGCUGUACGUCAAGAUGAUUCUCGUAUUAUAUCUGCAAGUGCAGAUAUCAGUCAGGCUUUAAACGUGAUUGAAAAGCACAAACAAAUGUUUACUGAACUCGGGCCCGAACAAUUGCAACCAGAUGCCAGUAUACCAAUUACUUUUACAAAAGAUAAUCGAGUUCACAUUGGUCCUAAAAUGGAAAUUCGUGUUGUUACUUUAGGCUUGGAUGGAGCUGGGAAGACAAGUGUGCUAUUUAAGUUGAAACAGAAUGAGUUUAUGACUAUGAUACCUACACUUGGAUUUAAUGUGGAAACUGUUGACUAUAAAAACAUGAAGUUUACAAUAUGGGAUGUUGGUGGACAGCCUAAAUUAAGACCAUUGUGGAAACACUAUUACCUGAAUACACAAGCAGUGGUAUUUGUUAUUGAUUCUAGUGACCAGCAGCGACUUUUAGAAUCAUCCAAUGAAUUGGCUAAGCUUAUGACAGAAAAAGAGUUGAAAGAUGCUGCUUUAUUAAUUUUAGCUAACAAACAAGAUAUACCGAGUUGUGUGACUGUUGAAACUAUAACAGAAUUGUUUGGCCUGUAUAAACUAUGUUGUGGACGUAGUUGGCACAUACAAGCAUGUGAUGCUCAGAGUGGUGCUGGCCUUCACGAUGGACUUGAUUGGCUGGCAAGACAGUUGGUUGCUUCUGGUGUCCACGAUCUCAACUAAUCUUGCAUUUUUUGAUAUUUUUGAUAUUUUUAUUUAUUUAGUAUUAUAGAGAUAUAUUAUCGCAUACACUUUCAGUAAGACCAAAUUUUAUAACAACAUUACGUAAUUAAAUAAACCUUUAUUUAUUUACUUAAUUCAAUUUGUUAUAAUAUUUCUGUUAUUUUGUUUUUCUACUAACUUGAUAAUAUCAUGCUGAAAAAAAAUAGAAUUCUAUUUAAAAAUGUUUAAAAGUAUUUCUAAAAGAAAAUUAAAAUAUUACUACUUACUGUGUACUUGAUAUAUGAAAGAAAUGUAUCAUACAUAAUAGAGAUUACAUUAGUGAAUAAGAGUCUGUAUUUUGGGCCCACAAACUUAAAGUUAACACAUUGAGUUGGAAUAAAUAUUCCACAAUCGACCUAAAAAAUAAAAAAAUAUUAAAUAACUUACCUCUCAGAUUAAGUUUGAUUAGUAUAAUUAUUUAAUUUGGUUUUUUUUCAAACCAUUAUAUACCCUUUCUUUUUAGUCAUUAUUAUACAUUUUUUGUUAGUUAUAAAUUUUUUUUAUGGAAUGUAAUUGAUGAUAAUGUGCUAUUAUUCAAUAAGUACCUAUUAAGCUAUUACUUCAAUUUAUAUUUAUAAUACUUAUGUUUUGUAAACAAUGUAAAGUAGGGCCCAAAUUUAUUUAUAUUUUUUUAACUGAAAUUUUUAAAGUAUGAUAAAUGUAUUUUAUAACUUACCAUAAAAAUUGUUAUGAAUUUGUC